CCCCACAUCUUCUUCUUCUCCCCAAAUUCGCCCGGCCCGUCGUCGGGAGCAAGGCAGCAAGCAAUGUGCCCCAGAGCCACGGACCAGCUCUGCGGCGCCGCGAUGGCUAGCGUGUGUUCGUUGGUGGAGGAGGAGUACAUCGACCUGGAUCUCAGUUCGUGCGGGGAGCUGGAGUUCCGGGUGCGCCGGAGCGGCGCGUCGGACGAGCUCCUCUGCCGCGGUAGUAGGCUGCAGCCGCCGGCGCCACCGAGGCCUGGCGGCAAGGCGCAGGAAGUUGACGUCGGCGGCGGCGGCGGAUGUGGUGGCGCCGGCAGGAGGAGCGCCGCGACGGUGGCGCCGCUGCAGCACUCGCACUCCGCGGGGUUCCGCGACGACACGCAGCCCGUGGCGGCGAGGCUGCGCACCGAGUGCUCCCGCCGCAGGAAGGCGGCGCGGACGGUGCACGCGAAGCUGCUGGCGUCGCGGGCCUUCUUCCGGUCCUUGUUCGCCAGGACUACCCCGUGCUCCGACGAGCAAUGCCGCGGCGCCGAGGUCCGGGCCAGCACCAGAGCGGCGCCACCACCCGGCGAGACGAAGAGCGACUGCUGCAAGGCGGCGUUUGCCCAGAUCAAUAACGGCUACGGCUACGGCUACCACAGCGGCAGGGCGGCGCCGACCACCCUGCGGAGCAGCAUCGAGCAGGAGAAGCUGAUGGACGAGGAGGAGCUCGCCGCCGCCGCCCGGCAGCGCAAGUCCUUCUCCGGCGUGAUCAAGUGGCGGCACGCGGCAGCGGCGCCUCCCGCCGCGGCGCCGGCGAAGCCUCUGUCGUCGUCGUCCUCGGCGAGGAGGAGCUCCGGGGCUGGCGGCGGGCCGGCGCUGAAGCGGAGCAGCAGCGCCCGGUCGGAGUCGGAGGGGCUGAUCCAGGGCGCCAUCGCCUACUGCAAGCGCUCGCAGCAGCAGCUGGGGCUCGCCAGGAAGAGCGUCAGCGACGCCGGCGCCUCCGCGCCUUCCUGGCCGGCUCGAUCGGCCGUAACAGCAGCAGCCUACUGCCACUAGCCGUGAGCCCCGUGACGUGUGCAAAAAAAAAAAAACAAUGGAUACCGAAAGCGAAGUGACCACCACCACAUGAGCAGUAAUGUGAAGUUUGUGCUGUCUUUUCCCGCAUAUAUGCAUCCAGACACGCGUGGGAUUUCAACUCCAGUUUCUUCUUCUUCGUCCGUCAGUCAGUCAUCGCGGCGAUUCAUUCACGUAUGCAUUUAGGUUUCGUAGAUGUCGCCAUCACUGCAAGUGUUAGCAACAAGAGAAUAAAAACAGGACCACGGGUUGUCUU